AGGAAGGGGUUACAGGUUUGGGGGGUGUGGCUUUUGGUUGUAUUGAUCCCAUCAAAAUCUUCUUUUCCUUUCAGCAAUUAGAACUUAUCACGCCCUUUCAGCUGUAUUUCAACCCUGAGUUAAUAUUUAAGCACUUUCAAGUAUGGAGGUUAAUCACAAACUACUUAUUCUUUGGACCAGUUGGCUUUAAUUUUUUAUUUAACAUGAUCUUUUUAUACCGGUACUGCCGCAUGCUGGAGGAAGGUUCUUUCCGAGGCCGCACGGCAGAUUUUGUAUUCAUGUUCCUUUUUGGAGGAUUUUUAAUGACUCUUUUUGGGCUGUUUGUGAACUUGGUGUUCCUGGGUCAGGCAUUCACCAUCAUGCUGGUGUACGUGUGGAGCCGCAGGAAUCCCUACGUCCGGAUGAACUUCUUUGGGCUCCUCAUCUUUCAAGCUCCAUUUCUACCCUGGGUGUUGAUGGGCUUUUCACUGCUCCUGGGGAACUCCAUCAUUGUGGACCUCCUGGGCAUUGCUGUUGGGCAUAUAUAUUUUUUCCUAGAGGAUGUCUUUCCCAAUCAGCCUGGUGGUGGGAGGCUCCUGAGAACACCCUCUGUGCUGAAAGCAAUAUUCGAUACCCCAGAAGAUGAUCCAAAUUACAAUCCCUUGCCAGAGGAGCGUCCAGGAGGAUUUGCGUGGGGAGAAGGUCAACGCCUUGGAGGCUAAUCAGUGCCUGUGCCAAAACCCAGUGAGCCCUGGGAGAGACUGACCUGGAUCAAGUUCCACGUGGGGACUCUCCUUCCCCAUGGCAGAAAGGACACUUCCUGACAGCUCUAUGCUUUUGAAUACAAGCACUUUAUGAAAUGGCAGUCUAAUCCAAGACACUUCCAGGCCACCAGCAUCUUUCCCAAUCAGGGAAUUCAUUGUGCUGGUCAUAAUCUAAUCCAAUGGAGCCAAAAACCUAAAACUGGAAACCAUUUCCUGUCAGCUUCAGUUAGCAAGACCACGAGUCUUUGUUUAAAGUGAUUUCUAAAGCUUUUUUUGUUUUUCCAAGUUAUU